AUCAAAGUGGUUCCCCUAAAGCCACGUAUGCCAGUCUACAUGGACAGUGAGCAGCAGUGUGCCAUUCUUUUUGAACACCUCAAAGCUCUGCUACACAAUUGUAAAACUCAACUGAACUUCACAAAUGAAGUGGAGUUCAUUUGUAGUUUUCUUUUUCCUGAGGCCAUCAUUCAUGGCCUAUGUAAGCUGCAAGCAUUAUCCUGGCAGGAGGCUGAGGAGGUGUUCCUUCGUGGCCCUACUUAUCACCCUAGUGAAGUUGAGGAAUUUGACCGGGUGAUUGCAAAAAGAAUGAGAAAAGAAGCAACAUUUGCCUACCAGAAACAAGAUGACAGUGAUUAAGGCGAUCGUUAAAUAAAGUACAGAAUUGUUUAUUAUUGGUGUUUUGUCUAUUAUUUGAGUUUUGCUUCACAUUCAAAAUAUCAAAAAACAGGUUUUGUAAUGUUAGCAUGGUAUAAUGUUAAUUAGACCAUUAUAUGUUGAACUGAAAGAAAAAAUGGAAUUUGAAACAUUGUACAAAAACAAACAUUGUAGCAAUAUAAUAUCACAUAAUAUUUUUCAGAAGAUAGUUCAAUCUGUAUGUGUAUCCGUUACAUCAAUAAUUUCCUUUCAAUUACACCCACGCUCAAAAAAUAAAUACUGGGUAAUUAGUUAGUUUGAGAACACAAUGAUUUUUUUUUUUUGCCACAUGCAUUAAGCAGGGAACGCAAAUAUUUAUUUGGAUAACUUUAAAUAAAAAGAGACCGUAAUACUGCAUUCUAAUGUUUUCAAUGGCAUCUGGGUGCGGUUGGAUAAGGGUGUUAUACGAUCUUCCGAACAGCAGGAGGCGCUGUCUCGAAAAACGAGGGGUCUGAGAAUGCGGGAC